UAUCUUAUUUUAUUCAGUUGCAUAUCUUGUAGUUCAUUCAAUUCCCUGUUUGGUUGCUGAGAAAAUACGACAAAGAGAAAACUUGGAUUUGAGAUCUUCCUGUUUGUGGAUUGCUUCUGUGGACUGCAAUAUUCAGUUCAACAAGUUCAUUUGAUUUAAUUAAAGCUCAGCUGAGAGGUACAAAGAUUUUCUCUGCAGAUUUUUUUUUCUCAGGAACUGAAUUUAGCUACAGGGGUGUGUAAUCUUUGUAGUUGAGCCAGUAUGAACGGAAACUACAGCAAUGCAAGUGCGAGUUCCAGCUCGAGUUUAGAUAGCAGCACUCACGGUACGGAGGAUGAUCAAACCAUUGCAAUCAUCUUGGGAGAAGAGGAAAAGCUGAAAUUUGAUGGCACGCUUGGGAAAAGACUGUGCCACUUAAAUUCGAUUCCGCACACUCCCCGGGUAAAUGGGGAGAUACCUGAUGUGAAUGAUGCAACCCAAGACCAUGAGCGCCUGUCAGCGAGGCUGGCAACAUAUGAUUUAUCUGAACUGCAGAUCAAGGGCGAUGGAAACUGUCAGUUUCGAGCAUUAGCAGAUCAAUUGUUUCGGAAUCCAGAAUACCACAAGCAUGUAAGAAAACAGGUGAUAAAGCAGCUAAAGCAUCACAAAAAACUUUACGAAGCUUAUGUCCCAAUGAAGUACAGUCGCUACCUGAUGAAGAUGAAAAAAACCGGGGAGUGGGGAGAUCAUCUUACACUACAGGCAGCUGCAGAUCGAUUCGGAGCCAAGAUUUGUUUAAUCACCUCUUUUCGGGACACUUGCUACAUCGAGAUUCUUCCUAAAGAUGGGAAUCAUGCGCGAGAGCUUUGGCUGAGCUUUUGGAGCGAAGUGCAUUAUAACUCCUUGUAUGCAAGUGCAGAUGUUCCGUCAAGAACUCCCCGAAAGAAGCAUUGGCUGUCAUUCUAGCGGUAUUUCAAACAGUCUUUGGUUUCAAAAUAUUCCAUAUACAAGUUACAUUAGCAAGUAUAUUAUGGUGAUGGGCAUUGUAACUUGGUGAAAACUAACAAGAAUUCAGAUCUUUCUUUUCGCCGGGAUGCCGGAAAUUAGACUUUAGAUAUCUGUAAAUAGAGCUUACAUGUUAAAAGGAUCACAUAAACGAACUAAGUCAACACUGAAAAAUUGGACUCCCCAUUUCAUUUGGAACGUAUUGCAAGUAAAAUGUGGUCUUAAGUCA